CGCGGGGCUGAGGUGAGGGCGGCUGGGCAGGGAGCAAAGGCUGAGUGAAUGUUCCUUCAAAUAAGUCCCAAACAAUGCUCAGAGGACCUAAAACUCCCCUGAAAGUUAAAGAAAAUGAGAGUGGCUGUCCUGAUCAGAAGGAAAAGGCCUCAAGAGAACAGAAGAGCUGCAAAGUGACCAAAUCCAAAGUCAUCAGACCAUCCAAAAAGGAGAAUUUCACUGAUGGGAACCAGCCACAGCCACCAAAACGUGCCCUGAAAUGCCCCAAAAGCCCCAAGCAGAAUUUGGGUCCCCCCCAGGGGGGUGGUGGGAGCUGUUUUGGGGUGCUCAGGGAGGAUGUGCUCAGUGAACCCCCUUUGCACACAAAGAAGGAUUUUUCCAGCAGCCCAGCUGCUCCCUUGGGAAAUGACUUCACCGCUCCUGAGAGGGACAAAGUGGAAGGAAAAGCUGAUUUUGGACUGUCUGAACAGAGGAACAAAGCUGAUUUUGCUGCUGUGAUAAGUGCAGAGUUGGGGAUCCCUCAGGAAAGUUUUGGCAAACGACCCACGGGUGCUUCCCCAAAAUCACUAAAAUUUAGGAGAAGAUCAACUAUUGGCUUGAGGGGAUCACCAGAAAACAACUCCCUGAUCCGGUAUCUGGCCCAGCAGAGGAGCAGCAGGCAGAGGGAAGCUUUCACCCAGAUCAGUCCUUUUCCACCUGCAAAUGUGAGGUCACUGAAGGACAAGAUUGAUGCUUUCCAAGCCUCCUUUGAAUCCCUGCAAGAAUCUGAGGGGGAGCCUGGGCUCUCACACCUGGGGAAAGGAGGUUCUUCUCAGGACAAAGCACCUUUUAAAAAAGAGCCAAACCUGGAGCAGUGGAAUGAAAAGUUCAUGCUGGGCAACAGAGGGGCUGCUUGGAAAGAAAAUUUCAACAAAAAUGGGAGCAAGAAGAGCAGGAGUGAGCUCAGGAUCUGCAGCAUCUUGUCCCCUGUGACUGUCACUGACCCUGCUGCUGCAAAGGAAUGGGUUUAUGAGCAGCCAAAUCCUAUUAAAUCCUUGGAGACUGUUCUAACUGGAGAUAUCCUGGAAAAAGGCCAUGGUCCCAGGUGUGAGCACGGUGAUGCUGCCUCAGAUCCCAGCACAAGGAAGGCUGAGGGUGUGGGUGGUGAGAGCCUGGCAAUGCUGGGGGGAAGCCAAGGCCCUGUGACACCUCUGGGAACAAGGAACAUUGCCAGCAGUGACCUCUGCCACAGCAGCUCCCUGCUGAGGUCCAUCCUGAAGAAAACCCCAGGGAGGGAGCUCAGGGACAGCCCCAAGGAAUACUCCAAGAGUGCCAUUGACAGAGGAGGAGAUGAAUCUGCUGCAAUCUCCAAUUGUGUAAAAACCUUUGAAACAUUGCAAAUAGAGCCAACUGACACUCAGAGCUCCAAAACACCAAAGAAGAAAAAAGUGACUUUUGGGGAAGUUCUGAGCCCCGAAAUCUUUGACCAGAGCCUUCCUGCCAACACCCCCCUACGCAGAGGAGCCUCCCCAAGGCAGAGCCCCUGGGCCAGGCUGGGCCUGUCUGAGCAGCCUCUGCCAGUCCUGGAUUUGGGCUGGGAUGAGGAAGGUGUUGAGCCUCUCCCAGAAUUCCUGGAAGGUUCUGCUGCUGCUGUUGAAAAUGCAGAAGUAGCAGAGACUGACAAACCAGACAUGAUAACUCCUUCUCCUACUAAAAGGAAGUUUUCAGAUGCAGAAGGUGAUUUUGAUACAUCUGAGCAUUUCCAGCAAGGCAAAGACACUCCAUGUGAAAAAGAAAGCAGCUCCUUGUUGGAAAAGGAUGAAUUACAAGGACAUCUAACUGGGCUGGAAGUUCUGGACCAACAGGAGGGUGCCCAGAGAGCCAAGGAUUCUGUCAGAGCUGAUCCAGCAAGGAGAAGAAGAAGCAGCAGCAGUGCCUUCUGCUUCCCUCCUGCUGAAGAUUUGGAAACACCUGGUGCUGAUGCUGCACUUUGCUGUUUCAGGCUGGAGGAAGCUCUGGCAGGGCCCCUGCAGGGCAGCAGCAGCAGCACUGAGCUCAGGGUGAGGCGCAGCAUGAGGCUGAGCAGGGGAGCCAGUGAGGGCCUGGCAUGGAUCCAGCUGCCCCCUGAGCCUCCCAAACAGCCUCCCAAAUCCAGGAGGAGCAGCAGCAGCAGCACCUCCAUCCUGGCAGGAGCUGAGAAUAUUCACCACAGGGAGCAAACCCUGCUCCCUCUGCCAGCCCCAGGGAAGGAGAAUGAAAGCUCUGCUCCUCUCACUGCCAGGAGGGGGAGGAGGAGGAGCCUCUGUGAAGCCACAGCUCCAGAAACACACUGGGCUCCCACCCAGAGAAGGAGAAGCACAAAUUCUGUGUGUGGGAAGGACAGGAGUAACCAAAAACAUUCAGAAGCAGCAGAAACUCUUGAGCUAAGAUUGAGAGAUGUUUCAGGCAUCUCUGAUUUUCUGAAGUGAAGGUGCUUAGAGCUUGUCUUGUCUCUCAAGUGCAGUUUUCUUCUCUUUCCCAACUUUGUAUUUCCUCACUUAUUUUCUUACUCAUUUUCUGGAUAACUUAGAACUCAUUUUCCUUGUCUUGGUGCCUAAAAUGCUUGAAGAUCUGAACUGUGUGGCAGGCUGGCUCAGAGCAUUGGUCUGGUACAGUUAUGGCAGGUAAUGAAGAGAAUAAAAAAUUAUCCUCCCUGAUAAAUGUGGGUUUGUUUUUAGGAGUUAAACCACAAUUUCAUGGAAUUCUUACUGCUCCAAGGGUUUGUUUCCCAUGUGCUUGAUCAUUCCCUAUAAAUUGCUGUUGAAAUCUGCAUAUAUUUAGUGGAUAAAUACACUAAAAAUAGAUUGUCUGCAACAAAUAAAGGAAUCACUUCUUGAAAGGGAAAAGGAGGAAGUGGGGACCCUCUUAUUAUCUUCUGAAAAGGCUUUGGGCAUGAGCAGAGGUGGAGUUCAUGAAUGAUUCUCUGAUGUAAA